AUGGCCAUGGCAACAACUCCCGACGGUGCUGGAAGGUACCCUCUCCCACCUACCGCUCGCUUUGGCGGGCAGAUGAGGUUGGCAGGGGCACCAGCCAUGGAUUCUCUAGGCCCGGGUCGUAUCGUGCCCAGCCACGGCUACGAAGACGGCGGCAGGGCCUCUACGGGGGGUAGUUUCCCCCACGCCAUCGGUGCUCCCGCUCUGCCGCCGCUGUGUUUUCCCGACGGGAUCGCUUCCAGCUUCGCCCCCGGAGAGGGCGGGCAAGACUCUUGUCUGGACCCGCACGUAGCGGCGGCAGCGGCGGCGGAAACGGCGGCAGGGGCGGCUGCACUCGGCCACGACUUGGACGAAGGCAUGUUCCUGCCCAGCGGCGGUGGGGGGGGGGCAUCGGCUCUGCCGCCGCUGUGGGCCGAUGCUGGCGUCGGAGACGCCGGCGGGGGUGGCUUUCUUCUGGAAAGCUGGCCCUCGAAGAUCGGUCCGUAGGAUACCUCGGCCGUUCGCGAUAUCCGCCUUGAUUGGUGGUGGCAACCGCAUCAACACCUCUGUUCAACGGAAGCAGCAGCAGCAGCAGCAGCAGCAGCAACCAGGAGGCGCUAAUGCUAGAGGCUUGUCAUCGCGAGGGUGCAGCCCCAGCUCCAACGCGAACCCAAUACACGCACCUGUGACGGACUGUCACCAGAUUUGCCAGCACGUUUCAAGCAGGUCACUUCCCCGAACUUGGCGGGUGAAGGAAGGUAAAAGCUUGUUGCCGUGAAGGACGUUGCCGGUUAUCUUGUUCAUGUCGGGCAGUCUGUAGACGUCUUCGUUUCGGUUUGUUGCUGCAUUUAAGCUUCUGUUUCCUGUAUGUACGUCUGUAUGUACGAUGCCGUCCAUUCUCCUGUAUGCCCACGCGUGCACGCACCAGGCACGCCUUUCUUUUCUUCAACCGCAAGCACAAACAAAGGCGGCUGCGCCAGUAACAGCGGUGGUGUUUUCGAUGGACAAUACUUUCCUUCUGGAUUUAUGUCGGCGACCUGUACAAGGAAAAAAAUCCCUGUGGUUGUGAUGGAAUGCAGUAGUGGUUGUGGUAGCGGCUGUGGUGCUCAUCACAUGUCUCUUUGACGUUUUAUUAGAUCAGGCUGAG